CGUGCGCACUGACCCGCCCGUAGCCGGUGGACGAUGGAGGCCCUAAGGCCUUUCUCCCAAUCGCUCCCCCUGGCGCUAGGGGGCGUUUUGAAGCUGUGGCUCUGUGAGCUGUGGCUACUGCUGCUGAGUUCCGGUUUGAACGCGACUUUUUUGCCAGACGAAGAGAACGUAGACUUUAUCAACGAGUACGUGGACCUCCACAAUGAGCUUCGGAGCAACGUCUACCCCCGAGCGUCUAACUUGCGCUUCAUGACAUGGGAUGUAGCUUUGUCACGGACUGCUAGAGCAUGGGGGAAAAAAUGUGUGUUUGAGCGUAAUAUUCAUUUAGAAGACUUACAAAAGGCCCAUCCUAAAUUUACCGGGAUUGGUGAAAAUAUAUGGGUCGGUCCUGAAAAUGAAUUUACUGCAAGUAUUGCUAUCAGAAGUUGGUAUGAAGAGAGGAGAAUGUAUAAUUUUGAAAAUAACACUUGCUCUAAAAACUGUUCUCAUUAUAUUCAGGUUGUUUGGGACCACUCUUACAAAAUUGGUUGUGCUGUUACUCCAUGUUCAAGAAUUGGACGUAUUAAACAUGCAGCGAUUUUCGUAUGCAACUAUGCACCAGGAGGAACCCUGUCUAGAAGACCUUAUGUACCAGGAAGAAUUUGUACUAACUGUGAUGCACGUGACAGAUGCACAGAUUUUCUAUGCAAUAUUAGAGGAGGAAAGGACAUAUAAGGGCACACUCGGAGAAAAGAAGGCCAUGUGAAGAUGGAGACAAAGAUUGGAGUGAUGCAGCUGCAAGCUAAGGAAUGCCAAAAAUUGCCAGGAGCCACCAGAAGGCAGGAAGAGGCAAGAAAGGAUCCUUCCCUCAAGGCUUCAAAAGGUACAGGUGUAGGCCCUGCCAACACCUUGAUUUCAGAAUUGUAGCAUCUACAACUGUGAGAGGAUACAUUUUUAUUCUUUUAAGCCAUCCAGUUUGCCAUAAUUUUUUAGUAGCUCAGGAAACUAAUACACAGCCAGAAUGAGAAAUCACCUAGAAAAUGACACAUUUGCAGUAAGAAGUUUGUCCUGAGCAAAGAAAACUUGUAUUUUGACAACCUUGCAACUGCCAAUCUUUGUCCAAUAGGGAGAAAAAGACUAAGAAGGACCUCACAUAUACAGUCUUGUGACUUAAAGAAAUUUACCAGUGAGCAAAACAAAUUCCAGUUAGCCUGGAGACUGACCUGGCUCUUCUACACAGCAGCCUGCAAAUACCUGGUCUGGGAAAAACUCAUUUGUUUAAAAAUAAAUAAUGUGGCAGGCAAACCCUAAGGUGACCACCAAAGAUUCUUACUUUCUCUUAUUCAAGCCCUUACAUAAUCUCAUCCUUUUGUGGGUGGGACCUGUGACAUACUUCUGACCAUUAAAAUACAACAAAGGUAAUAUAAUGCCACUCAUGGUUGCAUUAUAUUAUAUGGCAAAAGUGAUGGGGUAUCACUCUUGUACCUACUCACUGUGGUUCUGCUGGCUUUGUAGAAGCAAGCAAUCAUGUUGUUAACUGCCUGUGGAAAGAAUAAUGUGACAAUGUAACAGAGAACUACAGGUAGCCUCUGUGAGCUGGUCGUAGUCUCCACCCAAAAGCCAGCAAAACCCUGAAGCUCUCAGUCCUACAGCCACAAGGAAAUGAAUUCUGCCAAGAAUCUAAGUAAGCUUGAAAGCAGAAUCUUCUUCACUUAAGCUUUCAGAUGAGAACACACUCCAGUUGACAUUUUGAUUUCAGCCUGGUGACACCCUAAAGCCAAGAACACAGUCAAGCCAUGCCUGGGCUCCUAGCCACAGAAUCUGUGAGGUAAUAAAUGUGUUGUUUUAAGUUGUCAAGUUUGUAAUAAUUUGCUACACACUAUAGACAACUAAUACAAAUAAUCAAGAAAAAAGAUCAAUACAUCAUCUAUAUCCCCCGCCCCCACCCCCAAAAAAACCCUCCAAAACAAGCAAAUGGCGAAAGAAAAUGCUCACCGGAAUAAUACUGCCAAGGAACAUAUAGAAAAUAACAGAUAUAGCAUCUUUUAAAAAGAACUUUGUAAAGCAGCUUAAAAUAAGAGCUCAAAAACAAAGACACAAAGGUCAUGGGAGAUUUGUCAAGAUGACACAAGAGAAAAUCAUUGGUAGAACACAGGAAAAAUAAAUAAAACCAUUACAGAAGUGAAAAUCACAUUGGAAACAGCAAAAGGAAAGACAAACACUGGAAAACACAGUAAGGGAUAUAGAGGUCAUGAUUGGGAAAUGUAAGCAAGGAAUUUAAAAGAUUAAAGAGGAAACUAUAAGUAUGCAAAGAUAAAUCAGCUUUAACAUGUAAAUAUUUGUAAGCCAUGAAAAACAGAACCAAAAUAAUAGCACAGAAAAUGAAACUAAAGAUAGAUAUAUAGCUAUUAAAGAAUUAAUAAAACAAACUUUACAGAAAUAAAAAUAUUUGAAUGUAAGCAUUGAAAAUGCAUACUGCAUGCCAGGAAAAAGUGACACAAAAUAUUCAACAUAAUAAACAUAGCCUAGUAAGUCACUGGACAUCAGUGGAAAAGAAAGAAUCCAUAGGUAUCCAAGCAAAAAUGUAAGAUUGUUUAUUAGAAAGUUUAACAGUCUAAGUUGAAUCAGAAAAACAUCCACUCUAAGUAUUUUGGCAAAGAAGUGUUUAACAUAGGAAAUACAGGGUACAUGAAUAUUGUAAACACUAAGGGUCAAGGAAGUUGCCACAGAAAAGCAGAGAAAUGGCAGCAAAGCAGAUAAGUCCCCAUUUUACCAAAAAGCCACUGUGAAUCUCACAUCUAUUCAAGUCUGCCUGGCCUACAAUCACCUCUGGAGAAUAAUGGUCUUCACUUUUCUUACAUCUUCCAAAUUUCACUUGUGUUCCUAUCACUAGCAAACUCAAACCUGAGCUAUACAGAGAAAGGAAUUUACAGAACUGUAGUUUCCAGUUUUGGCUCUACAGUAUAGAAUCAACUUUACACUGGUAUGGUAGUAAUGACUCUAUGGCAAUUGACAUUCUAACAUAAAAAUUAGAAAAAAUUAGAAAAAUUAGGAAAAAUUCAGUCUGGCCUCAAAUUCUACACCAUAACAGUUACCACUAAGACACAGUGAAGUGUUGCCUAUAAUAUAAGAAGUGUCAACCAAGAGUUUAUAUACAGGCAAACCUAUAAUUAUUCAAGUAUAAGGAGCAAUUAGACAAAUGUUUUGGGAGCAUGCAGUAACUGUUAGUGUGUAUUUCUCAUGAGCACUUCCUCAGUAAACUCCUAGAGGAUGACCUUCAACAAAAAGAAGAGAUGAACGGAAAAACUGUGGUGAAGGAACUAUAAGCAUUGAACCCUAAUUUAUAGACUAAGACUAAAAUAAUCUAAGGAUUAUAGUUAAAAAACAAAAUGUAAAUAUUAAUAUAAUAAUGGCAUAUACAAAUGAUAUAAUUAAUGAAACUUGGGAGAUAAAGAAAGAGGUAGAAAAAUAUGCUUAUUUCCUCGCCAUUUAUAGCUAGGGACAAAAAUACAGAUAACCAUUUAAAGCUGAUAAAUCAAAUAAUAGAGAUGUAAAUAAAUUUAAAUGUGUUUAUUUAAUAAAAUGCAAAAGUAAAAGAAAAUGUAAUCAAUAAAAAUUAGUGAUGAGAAGUGAAGAAAGGUGCAAAGAAGAAACUAUUACAUAAUUGCUUAUACUUAGGGAUCAAUAGAUAUUAAUACAUAUACACCAAAUGAGAUAAUAUAGACCAUUUGGUGAAAGAGUUUUUUAAAAGAAGUUCUAAUAUAGAAAUCAUUACAUAAAAUAUGAAGUAAUACCAAGCACCGAAGGCUAAAAUAACCUCAGAGAUCCAACAGAAGGUCAGUUCAUUUCCAAGGUACGUGAAGAAUGAGUUCUGAAUUUUCCACUAGGAGUAAUAUGAUUAUAAGACAAAGCCCCUUGUUGCCAUUAGGCUUUCUGUGUGUGAGAACUCAAUUAUCCUCCCACUCCUCUUCCUAGUGUAAUUCUUUUUUUUUUUUAUUUUUUUUUUGUGGUUUAUUAUCUCUUUUCUAUUUUAGUAUAUUAUGGGUGUACAAGUCUUAAGGUUACAUAUAUUGCCCAUGCCCCCCUCCCCCCUCAAGUAAGAGCUUUCUGUAAUGGUUGUCUGACUCUCUGUGCUCAGGUGAGCAAAAGAAAGGGAACAACACUAUUAUAUCAUUGGGCUAGAUAAUUAAAAACAUUU